CCCAAAGAAAGCAGGUCAGUCAUUUGAGGAGAAAGUUCACCGUUUAUUACGCUGCACUGAAUUAAAACGCCGCAUGGAGGGUAAAAGCAGAGUGUGUCCAUCCGGACAGAACCAGCUGCAGGACUCCUCGGAGUCCGAGUCGGAACCGGAGGGAGGAAGUGCUCGGACGGCCGGUACCGGAGCACCGUGUGCCGCCGGCUCCUUCCACCGCAGUCAGGUCAUCCACAGCGGACACUUCAUGGUGUCGUCGCCGCACAGCGACGCCGCGCCGCGCCGCAGGAGAAGCGGCCAGAGGUACGACUUUGACACGGUGAACCGGACCUGGUGCCAGACCUACCGGUACGGUCCGUUCAGCUCCGGCAGCCUGAGCAUCGACCCCACUCUCACCCGCCUGUUCGAGUGCAUGUCUCUGGCUUACAGUGGUAAGAUCGUCUCUCCCAAGUGGAAGUCAUUCAAAGGUCUGCGUCUGCUGUGGAGGGAUAAGAUCCGUCUGAACAAUGCGAUCUGGAGGGCGUGGUUCAUUCAGUUGAAUGCAAAUUAUGCAACAUCUCAAAAUGUGGAGAAGAGGAAGAACUCAGUGUGUGGGUUUGUCACCCCACUGGAGGGCUCAGAGGCCGAUGCACAUCGCAAACCUGAAGCGAUUGUAUUAGAGGGCAGCUAUUGGAAGCGAAGGAUUGAGGUUGUGAUCAAGGAGUAUCACAAAUGGAGGAUUUACUAUAAAAAGAGACUUCAGAAAAAGAAAGAUGACUUUUUAUCAAUGCUGCAAGAGGGUCCGAUCUGUCAAGCCAGGCUGGAGAAAUGGUCCAAUCAGAUGUACCAGGAGCCCGAGGCUGUGCCAGUGGAGGCUCAUAUGUUUGACCUGGACUGCCUUCUCUCGGACAUUUCUGACACCCUGUUCACCAUGACGCAAAAGCCGUGUCCCUGGGCCAGCGGCCGUCACAACAUCUACACUACCAACGCUGAUGUCAUUCAGCCAGGCCUGACUCCACUGCAGCCCAACCUGGAUGACUUCAUGGAUAUACCAGACAUCUUCAUGAACUAUCGAGGCCAGCCUUCUGAGGGGACAAGUUUUACAGACUGUGGCUAUUUUCAAAGUUCACCGAGUGCACCUUUUGGAGCAGUUCCCUCCACAGUCGUAACAACUCCUCAGCUCCUUAUCGGCACCCAGGCUCAGCCCAGUCUGUCCUCUGGCAGUUUGUCACAGCUUGUUUCAUCCACUGCCCAGUCAGACCAGCCGAGGUGCAGCCAGGAUUGCAGUGAAUAUCAGACAUCCAGUGUGAUGUCAGGGACUAUGGCCUAUGGACAUUCAUCAUACCCAGACCCAUAUGUUUCUGUAGCGUUUACCAGCAGUACAGAGCAGCCCGUCGCUCCGAAUAUUCCUUUUUUAUAUCCACCGCCGUGCCAUAAGUUUGGUAAUUACACAACGACCAGCGUGACCUCCACUGUCAUCACUCACACUGCCUCCACACUGGCCAUGCAGGGCACUGUGCACCAAACCCACAGCUACGCCCACACAGGGGACACCUACACUCAGGCUCCCUGUCCCUCUCUCAGUUACCCGGCUGCUGCGUCUGACCUGACCCACACAGCGUCGGCGCCUGUCACUGCAGCCCACUUCUUCUCAGUCCCUGAGCACGUGGUCGUCACAGGGGUCAGGGGUAAGCACAAGCAAAAGAUGAAAGGAGCGAGGACAGUUGGCUCCACUGUGGCUCCAUCUGCUCCCAUGCCCACGAGCUGCCUGGCAAAGCUGCUCUCCUCCACUGUGCAUGAACGAAAGCCAUCACUGGGAUUUGACUCGACUGUGGUGACAGCCAAAGGUCAGAGGUCACUGUCGCCGAGCUUCUCACGUUCCAGCAGCAGCACACAUGUUGGUGACCCUUCACCGCUGCAGCAGGGAGCUGCUUGGACUGCAGGGAUGCCGGUGCCAAUGCCUUUGCAAAGCCACACUGAGUCCCCGGCUCACAGCGGACCCCACAGCAGCAAAUCCAGAGGCUCAGCAUUGUCUGCCCUGCUCAGCCACAGGCCCGUUCAUACCAGUACAACCCCCCUCAUUCCCAAAACUGAGAAACUCUCUCCUGUCCACCUCUACAGCACAGACAGGGCCGGCUUAACAGUUAGUUUUUCAGCGCAGUCAGGCCAAACGUCACCACUGAACCCAGAAAAAAUCUCCAAUCCCGAGUCUCCACGCGCUGGGUUUUCCGGACACGUCAGUAACAGUCAGGAAUCUAAUAAGCAAACUGACACCAGGAGAAUAACUCACAUCUCGGCUGAGCAGAAGAGGCGUUUCAACAUCAAACUGGGAUUUGACACUUUACAUAACCUGGUGACAACGCUCAGCUCUCAGCCCAGCAUAAAGAUCAGCAAAGCCACCACGCUGCAGAAAACUGCCGAGUACAUCAGCAAGAUGCAGCAGGAGAGAGCGCAGCUCCACGAGGAGGCUCAGAGGCUCAGAGAGGAGAUCAAAAGCCUCAACUCUUCCAUCAACGUGUGCCAGCAGCAGCUUCCUGCCACCGGAGUGCCCAUCACACGUCAGCGCUUUGACCACAUGAGGCAGAGGUUCAGAGACUACGUUCAAGCACAGACGCUGCAAAACUGGAAGUUCUGGAUUUUCAGUAUUAUCAUCGAGCCGCUGUUUGAGUCCUAUAAUGGAAUGGUGUCCACUGCGAGUGUGGAGGACCUGUGCCGAUCUACGCUGUCCUGGCUGGACCAACACUGCUCCCUGCCUGCACUAAGACCCAUGGUUCUAAGUUCACUCCGUCUCCUGAGCACGACCACGUCAAUCCUGACGGACCCCAGCUUACUGCCUGAACAGGCCACCCUCGCUGUCUCUCACGGUGACCCCCCACCAGCCUUUGAUCACUCCUUACAGCCUGUCAAUCAGGACAACGUACACCCCAUGUGACUCUUCACAGUACCGUAGACUCUUUGGAAAUGUGGCAGGAAGCCAACACAACACAGGCAGAAGAACUCUGACACUUGAAGAAUACAUAACCACGAUCCAGUAAAAUGCAUCACAUGGCAAAAGAAUGCAUCACAAUGAUCCUUAAAAUUCUACACGCUAUAAGUGAUAACAUCCAUUUGUAAAUUUUUCCUGAUACUUCAGGUCAUUGUUCUUCUUGAAGAGGUUCCAGCAGAUCACCAGGAUUUUGAGAGCUGAGACAGAACAACGAGAGACAGCCCCCAACUCAAAAGUCCUACAAGAAUCCUAUAGGAAAAUUAAAUACUACAGAAACCCUGUAGAAUUCCUAAUGGGUAGGAUAGGAGUCUAUGUCAGGGAUAUAGCCUUCCAAUAUGAUUCAAAAUAAUAAAGGAUCCUUAAAAGAUAGUACCUAUAGAACAGAAAAUCCUAUAGGAUUCCUAUAGAGAUCUCCACAGGGAAAAGGUCUCAUAGGACUCCUAUAGGAAUUUAUAUAGGAUUUCUUCAAGAAAGAUGUCUUAUAAGAUUCCUAAUAUCCCUG